CCUUCUCCACGUUCGCGGCGGCGCGUUCGCAGCCGGCCAGCCUGGAGCGGCCGGCCAAGAGCCGCCAACAGAGCCUGGAGCGCCGCUCGCAGGGGUCACGCUCGCAGAGCCGCCAGUCGCACCACAGCGUAACCUCGCAGCUGUACGGCGUGGCGGCGUUUGCGGCGCACUGCGAGGCGGCCGUGGCCAGCUAUGAUCCGUUCGACGACCCGGCUGUGGAGGUGGAGCUCGAGACGCCAGCGUACCUCAGCCGGCCGGAGAGCCGCACCACCUGCCCACCGGAGCCACUGACGCCACUGCCCACUGUGCGCGACGACGCCCGACUCAAGCCACCGGCCAGCUUCAAGGAUGACCUGAAGCGAGCCCCGAUAGAGGGUGCGAGCGGCACAGACCAGGGCUACACGGCCGACGACGAGUAUGAGGAGAGGACUGUCAAGCAGAUGCUCAGGAGGGCACCGAGUGGAGACCUUAGCUUGCAGAAGCAGGCCGGCACCAUGUCCCGCAAGCUCUCCUCCAAGAUGGAUGGUCUGCCACCCGACCGUUACAUGGACACUAACGAGACGCUCCUGGUUAUCCGGUCACAGCUCAACAACCUCACCAAGUCGAUGGAAUCGUGCCAGAGUGAGGUCACGGAGGUCCGGAAGGACGUACACAUGAUCCACCACGAGAUCGACCAGCUGCAGACGGCCAAGGACGAGAUGGUGGACCUGCGUGACUCGGUGGACCGGCUGGAGCAACAGCAGCGUCGGAGGAAGGCCAGGUCCAUCGACCAGGGUCUCACCUGUUUCCUAGUGUCCACCAUCUUUUCGGCCGUGCUCGGCAUGUUCCAGUUUGGCUACAACACAGGCGUCAUCAAUGCUCCACAGCAGAUCAUUGAGGAAUUCAUCGCAGAUGUGUGGCGGUCGCGUUACGGCUCCGAGAUCGCCUCCACCACGCAGGACUUUAUCUGGUCGGUGGCCGUGUCCAUCUUUGCCAUCGGCGGCAUGGUUGGUGGCUUCUCGGGUGGUUACAUCGCCAACAGGUUUGGCAGGAAGGGUGGCCUCAUUUUCAACGAUUUCGUGGGCCUGGCUGGUGCAGCUCUCAUGGGGCUCAGCCACCUGUCCUCAUCAUUUGAGAUGCUCAUCAUCGGGAGGCUGGUGAUCGGGUACAACUGUGGCUUGAGUACGUCACUGGUUCCGAUGUACGUGUCGGAGAUAGCACCGGUGAACCUGCGCGGCGGCGUCGGCAUCGUCAACCAGCUGGCGGUCACCAUCGGGCUGCUCCUCUCCCAGGUUUUGGGAUUAGACCAACUGCUAGGAACUGCAGACGGCUGGCCACUUUUGCUGGGGUUGGCUGUAUGUCCGGCAGCUCUGCAGUUGCUUCUGCUUCCCAUGUGCCCAGAAUCUCCCAGAUAUCUACUCAUCACACGACAGAGAGAACAAGAAGCAAGGAGAGCGCUGCGCCAGCUGCGACACACGGCGCACAUCGAGGACGACGUGGAGGAGAUGAAGGCGGAGGAGCGCGCGCAGCAGGCCGAGUCGCGCAUCACCAUGCUGCAGCUGCUGCGCUCGCCCACGCUGCGCGCGCCGCUUCUCAUCUCUGUCAUCAUGCAGCUAUCGCAACAGCUCAGCGGCAUCAAUGCCGUGUUCUACUACUCGACCAACAUCUUCAGCGACGCCCAACUGUCGGAGCAGAACGCCAAGUACGCCACAAUGGGCGUGGGCGUGGUGAUGGUGGUGAUGACGGUUGUCUCCAUCCUGCUGAUUGAGCGAGAGGGCCGGCGCACGCUACAUCUGUGGGGCCUGGGCGGCAUGUUCUUUUUCUCCGUCUUCAUCACCAUCUCUUUCCUGGUGAAGCAGAUGAUCUCAUGGAUCGCCUUCCUGGCGGUCAUCUCCACCUUCGGCUUCGUCAUCUUCUUCGCCGUCGGACCCGGCUCCAUCCCGUGGAUGAUCACGGCCGAGCUCUUUUCUCAAGGUCCGCGUCCGGCAGCCAUGAGCAUUGCCGUCCUCAUCAACUGGCUCUGUAACUUCCUGGUGGGCAUCGCCUUCCUGCCGCUCAAG